UUAUUGACACUGCCCUCUCACAUCUCACGCUCCUAUUCUGAUGGAGUGCAAUAAUAAUGGCGUGUUAAGGGUUUGUUCAUUUUUGUAUUUCUAUAUUCAGAAUCAGAGAGUGUUCUCUAUCCCUAUUUCUCUCAAACCCUAAUUUUCAAAAUCGUGAGAAGUUUUGUCUCAAAAUUCAAAAAUGGUGAAAACUCAUUCGGGAGGUACAUCUAAAGAUGUUAAGCCAAAGAUUUCAUCGAAGAAGAAGGUUGAAGCUUCUAAGAAAACGAAGAAAGCAAACGAACCCAUUCUGUUUUAGUCCUUGAAACCGUUGAUGAACGUGGGAAUAUGGAGGAACAAGUUCGUGGUGUCGAGGAUCGAACAGCUGCUGAUGUUCAUGCUGAAGAAACUAUUUUCGUAACCUCAGGAGAUUGCCCUGUAUCUGAGGGAUUUGAAGGGCAAGUUCAAGAAAGUGCUAUUGUUGCCCAGAUUGAUCUUAACCAAUAAGCAACAAUGGAAACCGUAAAUAAGGGUGCUCAAGAUGAAGUUGAUAGGAUCAUUGAUUAAGUUGAUAGGAUCAUUGAUGAAGUUGUUGGGGAAGUUGUUGGUGAGCAACAAGGAAAUGCAUUGGAGAUUGGCACUGGUGCCGAUGGUGGUGCAGAUAUUGAUGCAGCUGCAGAGGAUGUCCCUGUUUCUGCUGAAAUUCAAGGUGAACAGAUUCCUGAAAAUAUGGCUGACGAUGUACCUAAAAAUGAUGACCCAGAAGAGUCCCAACCCGCCGGUGCGGAAGGUGAUCCAAAUGAGACCGGUUAUGCUGUUCAUGCUGAGCAUCAAGAGGAAACUGAAGUUUAAGUGAAUGAAGCUAAUGAGGAAGAGGAAGACCUUAAUUCUAUUCGUUUGUCGUCUGCUCUAGACCGUGUUCGAAAAAUAAAGUUCGGUGGAUCAUCGAGAGCCAAUCCCCUACCGGAGCCGUCUUGUCCAUCGAAACGGAGACUUCAAAAGUCGAAGUCUCCCGUUGGUGUUCGCGAGAAUAAAGCCCUUAAUGAGACGUAUUAUUAUGGCUCAGGCCGAAGUGAAGGAUUUCUACGCUAAUUUGAGUGGCAAAGUGUUGGAUCCUACAACUCUUGGGUAUCACAAAGCGUACAUGCGUGGAAAGAUUAUAGAACUUAGCCCCGUGGUGCUCAAUGCACUGUUGCUGCUACCUGCCAACGACGUCAAUAAGCUGGCAUCCGAAUUACUUAAGGAGUCAACUAGAGAGAUUGCACAGACAAUUUCAGCUGGGAAUGCAGUUACAUUUGGCCGUUCUGGAGUAACUGUCGUGAUGCUUACCAUGAAGUGUCAAUGUUUGUUUCGAUUUUGUGAAUGCAACGUGUACCGACGGUGAACACAGUGCCGUUAGUUCAAAUAUGGGUACUUUAAUUUAUGCUAUUGAUAAGAAUUUUGAGUUGAUUAACUUUGGUUUUUUGGUGAUUAAGAAGAUGAUAGAUUUCUGUUCGGAUUCGAGAGUGAAGUGGACUUGAUUGCCCUACCUGGGCGUGAUAAGCUUGUAUAUCACUUCCUAUGGAAUUCACCCUGAGCCAGAAGAAGAUAUGUCUGCCAUCCGAUUGUUCCUGGAUCAAUCUAACCUGAAACAGCUCCACAAUGAUUUCUUAAAUGGUGCCCCAUUGGGUGCUGAAGGCAGACUUGCUCGUUGCAAAUAAUUGCCCCAAAAUGUGAUGAAGGAGCAUAUUGCCUUGUCUGCCACCUUGAUUGAGCAAAAGAGAAGAGUUGCUCAGGCCUUCAGACUGUUGCCCCAUUCUAGUGCCCCUGAAGAGGAUAUGGAGGAUGAUGAUGAUGUUGAUGAGGAGGCGGACAUCCCUUUUUGGCCAUUGCUGCAAUGCAAGGGGAGAGAUGCAGCAGGAGGAGCGCUGGUUAAGGGGGAGUGCCUGUUGUUGCUAGUUUAUGCUAAUGUUUGCUGGUUUACGUUUCGCUUUUCCUGGUUUAUGUUGACAUUUUUACUGAACUGCUGGUGGUGUCUGUUGUCAAAACACCCACCUAAUUUGUCCAAGUUGUCUGUGGCUUGUUUUAUUGUUGGCCUCUAAUAACUGCACUGAAUUUCUUUGUCUCGUACCUGUAUGUUCGAGGUGCGUGUGAGUGGUACUCUAUCUUGAUGCUUUGUAUGCCUUGUUUCAUUGCCAAAAAAUAGGAGAUUGUUAUAGUAUGCAAAAAGCCAUAAACCCCUUUUUGCUGUUUU